CGCUUAGGCUUCUGUCCUUUGUUGCCGCCACUCAGUUGGCCAGUUGGCCAUUGUGGCUGGUUCAUGUUCAAAGCGUGCCCCAGAGAACGUACUUAACGCAAGCCCUCCCCAUAUCCAGCUGCCUAAGCUCACGAUCCUGCACGCCACUCGCCACCCCUACCGGCCUCAAUUGCCCUCCCCGCCAUGUACUUCCCCCGGCCGUCGCCACCAAAACGCCGCGCCGCUCACCCCACCGACGGAAGCGUGCUGAUCGACUUCGGUGGGGGCGUGCACACCUACACGAUGCGCUCCUGCCUGCAUCCCGACUUACCCGAGACGAGGCUCUACAUCAGCUCCGUCAAGGACCAGCUGCACCCCGACUACCAUCCAAUUCACGGACUGAAGAGCGCCCCGCGCGUCUACCGCGGCUGGUUCUACCGCUCGACGCCCGACGGCCAGGGCCAGGAGGGCGAAGUUGCUGUCAAGUGGGUGAGGGGGAUGAAACGCAUUGAGACGCUCGAGUGGGAGCGCGAGAAUUACUGCAGACUGUUUGAGCUGCAGGGCAUCGUGAUCCCGCGUUUGUGGGAUUAUAUGGAGGCGACGAUUGAGGGCAUCGACGUUGCAUGUCUGGUCACUGAGUGGUGUGGGGGUUCCCACCCCGAGGACCCCAAGCUAUUUAGUGCGCAGAAGUUAGAGCUAGCCGUCGUCCUGCACAAGGAAGGCUGGCUUCACGGAGACCUGAUCGACGCCGAGAGCCACCACUGGGUGGUGGCCGAAGAUGACAAGACGGGAAACCCGCUACGCCUGGUUGACCUGACCAAGGCGUCCGAACACCGAUGUUUCGUCGACGGUCCUGAGCGCUGCGUGAAGCGGGAUCCCGAUGGGUGCCAGGAGCUGGAUAACAUGGCGGCAUUGCGUUUGUUGAACUUGUAGGGGUAUUGUCGUAUCGUGGAUCGUACGUGUUGCAACAUCUGUCAUGUGUGCUCUGAACCCUGCAUUUGCUGUUAUGCAUGUUAUGUAUAGGCUCUCGAAACUGUAUCCGCUCGCUGCCACAUUGUAUCCGUGGAUUUACAUUAUGCAUUUAUUGACAUUAUGGACGUAUUGCCCCUCCUUGCAUCGGUACCAUGUCUGGUAAUUACUCUGUUCAUUACGUGGC